AUGAAGACGACCACUUUCGCCUCCCUGCUGUUGGCCGGGACGGCCCUUGGCAGUCCCGCCCAGCAGAAAAGAGAUUCCGUCACGGCCCAGGUCAACUUUGCCAAUAACACGGGCAAACCACAGCAUCUCGCUUCGGGAAUACUGUAUGGUCUUCCUGAUACCCCGAAUCAGAUUCCUACCAAAUUCUACACCGACAUGGGGUUCAACUACAAUCGCGCUGGUGGAGCCCAGGUUCCGGCGCCUGGCAGGGGCUGGAUCUGGGGACUGAAUGAGUAUAAGAAAAAAAAAAGAAGGACCUUUCCUGACAACGACACAGAACCGUUUUGCGUCCGCGCUCUCCAAUUACAAAACCUCCCGCCAGCACGGCGCAAAAUUCAUCUUUUUGAUCCACGAUCUCUGGGGGCCGACGGAACGCAGAAUUCCUCUGCAUCCUACCCUGGUGACAACGGCGACUGGACCAGCUGGGACAACUACCUAACCCAUCUCCUCAGCGACAUCAAGGCCAACGGCAUGACCGACGGCCUGAUCAUCGAUAUCUGGAACGAGCCCGACCUUACUUACUUCUGGAAUCGGGACCAAACGCAGUACCUGCAGAUGUGGGGGCGCACGUUCCACAGACUCCGUUCCGAGCUCGCUGGCGUAGAGCUCUCCGGCCCCGCGUCCGCAGGCGAGCCCCUCCCCAGCAACAACUGGUGGAAGAACUGGGCCUCCUUCGCGGCCACCAACAAGAGCAUCCCCGACCAAUACGCCUGGCACAUGGAAGGCGGCGGCGGCGAUCUGCUGUCCGCGCAGGCGGGGCUAGUCUACUGGCAGAAGACGUACGGGCUGCCCGGGCGCCCCAUCAACAUCAACGAGUACGCCGUGCUCGACGAGCAGGUCCCCGCCGGUACGGCAUGGUGGAUCGGCCAGCUGGAGCGGGUCAACGCGGUCGGCUUGCGCGGCAACUGGCUGAGCGGAUGGAAGCUGCAUGAUUUGCUCGCGAGUCUGCUGAGCAAGCCCAAUGCGGAUAACAGCAACUACGAUCCCAAGGGCACGGGGUACUUCCCCAACGGUGACUACCAGGUGUACAAGUACUAUAAUCUCAACAUGACCGGCCACCGGGUGGGUACGCUGCCCUCGUCGGACCUCAAGCUGGACGCGUAUGCGACUGUCGGGGAUGAUCGGGUUGCGCGGGUGCUGGUUGGUGUGCGCAUCGCCAAGGGGACGUGGCAGUUGCAGUUGAAUAAGCUGUCUGCGUUGGGGCUGCCGACUAGUGGGACGCUGAACGUGCAUACCUGGGGAUUUCCUGUUGCUUCGAAUGUGCAUUAUGGUCAGGUUGAUGGGCCGAAGGAUCUCGGUUGGUAUGGACAUGCGUACUCGGGGACUCGGUGA